AAACGUCGAUAAGCGUCGCGCGCUUCUCUCGCCGAUCAAGAGUCCGAGAGCGAGCGAAGGUUCCGCGGAAUCCGCGCACGGGAUCGUAAGAGCGUGGAGGGUGGUGGAUCGUGCAGUCGAUCUUCGCGGGCGGGGUCGGAUCCAUCGCCGACCGGGUCGAUUGACGACGCACCGCCGCGACGCGUCCAAGACAAGAUAGCAAAAUGAGGACAAUAUUUUUGAUCAGCUUUUGCCUCGGCCUAACGACCGGCCACUUUCGUGGACCACAUCAUCCAAGGAGCAGCGUGUCCCAUCAUCAUUACAUACCGGAAAACGAUAUUAAAUUGACGCAGGAUGACCAGCUGCUUCACGAUACAACACAUCUGAAGGAAGAUAUGGGUUCCAUGGCCGAUGAACUUGACUUUUCGAAAAUGACCGAACAAGAAAUAGAAUUCCAUUAUUUUCAAAUUCACGAUGUCGACAAUAAUACAAAGUUAGACGGAUUAGAAAUUCUUUACGCUCUUCAACAUACUUUGCACGAGAAUGAGGAGGAAGAUGUACAAUCGGAUCAAGACUGGAUUAUAGAACUUAUAGAUAAAGUACUGGAAGAAGACGAUUUAAACAACGAUGGAUAUUUAGAAUAUGUCGAGUAUGUGUUAGGAAGACAAAGAGAUCAUGUUGCACAAGAGAAACGUAACAAGCUCAGAAUCGGAACGUGAAAAUUAUAGAUAUAGAUACACACUUGCAUCGCACACAAUAAUUUUUAAUUAUGUGUCAAUACUUUGUGUUACCAAUUGAACUUAAAAGUCAUGAAGAAAAUAAAAAGAAUUCUGGCAAAAAAUUAUGCAAAUAGUAUUAAUAAAAAAUAUUGAAACAAGAAAAA